AUGUCUCUUUGUGCACGGGCACUACGAUGCCCGGGGCUGGCCCCCUCGCUGCGAAUACGGCCACGGCCAGCAGUUUGGUCGCCGCGGUCGCUGAGUCUCGCGGCAUCCUCGCGUCCCGUCCCACCACGCGCGGCACCCGGAUCGAUUCUGGCUCGCAUACGCGCUCUCUCUACCCAGACUGAACCUCCGGCUACCACCUCCACUCCUCCUCAGCAGACACCCCCAACUCCGCCGCCGCCUCCACCCAAACCAAAGGGCCGGGUAUCCCGGACCGCAUCAUACGCUUACCGCGGCGCGCGUAUCUGUGUCUUUCUCAUCUUCUCCUCGGUCGUCGGCGUAGCCGUCGUUGUCUCCGGCAUAUUCGUGCACGAUGCGUUUACCUACACGGACCGUCAUGUUGAACGGGUACCUGUCAACCCGCUCGCGCUCAACCCGACUCGCGGUGGUCCCAAGAACCUUCCUAUCGCGAGCGUACUCGUGAGCGACGAGGAGGACGAGUUCAUGGUCGGACUCAAGGACAAGCCGCGUCUCGUCAUUGUCGGCGGUGGCUGGGGCGCCGUCAGUACUCUUAUGAGUCUCAAGGACGGCGCUUAUCACGUCACUGUCAUCGCACCGGAAACAUUCAACACCUUCACGCCUUUGCUGCCUUCGGCGGCUGUCGGGACUGUGUCUAUACGUAGCCUCAUCGAGCCCUUGAGAAAGAUUGUCGCACGCGUGCACGGCCAGUUCUUGACAGGUCGCGCCGUUGACAUCGUGAUGUCCGAGCGCCUGAUUGAGAUCGAAACGGCCGAUGCUCACGGAAACAUGCAGCACAUCUACGUGCCCUACGAUAAGCUGGUCAUCUCCGUGGGCAGUGUUAGCAGCACACACGGCGUACCAGGCCUCGAAAACUGCUUCCAGCUCAAGACCAUCGGCGACGCGCAGUCUAUCCGCCGGCGCAUACUUGACAACUUCGAGAUUGCGAGCUUGCCUACCACCACCCAAGAGGAGCGCAAGCGUCUGCUCAGUUUUGUUGUCUGCGGCGGUGGGCCGACAGGUGUUGAGACCGCUGCGGAGAUCCACGAUCUAUGCCUGGAGGAUAUCAUCAACUAUUACCCUAAGAUCUGUCGCGAGGAAGUUUCAAUCCACAUCAUCCAGUCCCGCGAACACAUCCUCAACACCUACUCCGAGGCUAUCUCCAACUAUGCCGAGCAGAAGUUCCAGCGUGACAACGUGAACUUGAUUACAUCCGCCCGUGUCGCUGAAGUAAACCCGGAAUUCGUCGCAUACACCACCAAGGAUGAGAACGGAAAGACCGUACGGCAUACCAUCCCCAGCAACUUCGUUCUCUGGUCCACUGGUAUCGCCAUGAACCCCUUCACGCAACGUGUCAGCUCUCUCCUGCCAAACCAGGUUCACAAGAAGGCAAUUGAAGUCGACGCACAUCUACGUGUGAAGGGCUCUCCGCUCGGCACCGUCUAUGCCGUCGGUGAUUGCGCGACCAUCGAGACUUCGGUUGUCGACCAUCUCCUGGACCUCGUAGAGGAGGCUGACCGUGAUAAGAACGGCAAGAUCGACUUCGAGGAGUGGCAGAUCAUGGUGAAGCGUAUCAAGCACAAGAUUCCUAUGAGCGAAACGCACUUAUCGGAGGUUCGCGAGCUGUUCAAUCUAUACGACAAGGACCACGAUGAUUCCCUCACGCUGAACGAGCUUGCCACGCUCCUUCAGGAGUUGGGCAACAAGAUCACUGCCCUACCCGCCACGGCACAAGUUGCGAGCCAGCAGGGACACUAUCUUGGUGCAAAACUGUCAAAACUCGCAGACAAGCGUGAUACCCUCCUUGCAAACGAUAUCCCCGAGACCGACGAAGCCGUCAGUGGGCCGUUCCGUUACCUCCACCUAGGAUCGUUGGCGUACAUCGGUAAUGCGGCUGUAUUUGAUCUGGGACGAAUGUCGUUCAUGGGCGGUCUGGCCGCGAUGUACGCGUGGAGAAGCGUGUACUGGUCAGAACAGGUCAGCAUGCGCAUUCGCAUGUUGCUCAUGAUCGAUUGGGUCGUGCGCGGAGUCUGGGGUCGUGAUCUCAGUCGUCUGUAG